AUGAAGCGUAAAGGAAAGCAAAAGACUUCAAAACCUUCUGGCCGUUAUGGUUUAAAAGGCAGUUUGAAGUCUUACUAUGGUGAUUCUCAAUUACAUCCUGAAUGUGGGUCACCAGAUACGGGAUCUAAGUCAUCUCAUGGUCUUUCAAAAACACCAGAUGAUACUUCCAGUGAAUCAGUUCAUAGCCGUAGUCUUCGUAAUAGUUCUGGUGGAGAUGAUAACUUAUCACAAAUGGAAAGUCGUGGUCGUCGUGUGCUAGACAAAAAGGGUCAUAACGGAGAUCUUGAUCAAAACGUAUUCAAGAAUUUUGCAGAUGACUAUAGUAAUGAGUCAAGGGAUCGUGAAGGCUCUCUUCCGAUGGGACUUAGUAGUGAACAUGAACUUCCCUAUGAUGAUGAAUCUACUCGUGAACCUUUAUCUACCAAAGAUCUCAGCGGAUCACAUAAUUCAGUCUUUGUUGAACCCCGUCAACCAGACAAAGUCACAGUGGAUUACAACAGUGCAUCUCAUACUCAAAGAAAAGUCAACAAACGUGAACUAAAAGCGUUAUUAAAGCAGACUAAAAAGAAACCAUCAACUGUAGACGAGACAGUGAUCGCUGCUAUCGAUGAAUUGGCCAUUCACUUGAAGGAUACUUGUGUGAUCGACAUGAAACCGGUACCUCGUCGACCAAUCCCAGUUGCUGCAUCUCCUACUUUAGCCUCGCGUCAAUCUGAAACACCAUCCCGUAGAGGUGUCGGUGCACGCAGAGGUGGCCGGAGAGGUCGCGGUGCUCGUCGUGGUGGUAUUUCUUCUCCUACUUCUACCACUUCCAUAGAACAGACGGUUCUUCCGGCAUCCUGGGUACCUCUUAUCCUACCGAACCCGUUAAGAAGUCCCGUGACAUCAGUUCCUGAGGGUGAUAAUAUGGGAGUGAAAUCAAAGUUAUGUGCACCUUGGCUUCAACAACUUCCUGAAUCGCGGGUACAUCGGUUUGUUGUGAAUAUGCGUCGUCUGUUGGCGGCUACAUUAAAAAAUCCGAUAGAAACUGAUCACUUAUCUAAAAAACCUAUUCAACUUAUAGAUUUAACAUCAGACAAACAAGAUUAUUCUACUAGUGCUUUCGAUAAUCAAUCGAAAGAAUUAUCAUUUCCACUAAACUCUAAUGUACAAAAUCCUGGUCAUCAUACAAUAAUACCCUCUGAGAUAAAAAAUUCUGAUCAGCUGCCUCUUAUUAAGACAGUUGAAGAUGUAAAUCGAAAUGAUUCAAAGUUUAUUUCAAAUCCUACUGAAGAUUCUACUUCGAAGUUAAAUUUUAAACUUGUUGAAAAUACUACUGUCACACGUACACUGGUUUCUAGUUUAACUAAACGUCGAGGUAGAGGUAAAAAACACCAUGGAUUUCGCCGUAACUUUUCUUCUGUACAGUCGAAUACAGUCGGUACAUCUGAAUCAAUCCCUUUGACAAAUACUAGUCUUGUUUCAUCAUCAUCAAAUCUGAUUAACAAUGAACACGUAGAAACCAGUCAACAUGUUAUUCGAAUGCCUAAAUCAACUUCUUCUAAAGGGAAAUCUCGUGUUUCUCGUGAACUUCGUGGUCUUGUCACUUGGGACGCUGUAAUGGCCGAACAACGCAAACGUGAACAAGAAUUAAAAGAUAUCGAAGCUAAAGGAGGAUCUGCCUCACUUCAUCCAUCUGAGGUGACGUUAUCAGUUGUAACUGACUUUAUAGCCUCUGUAGAAGAAGAAGGUCUAACUCCUAAACUUCGCAGAACUCGACAAACUAGCGGCAGUGUUCCCAGCCAUGCUACACAUUCAGCUGUAAGCUCUGAUGCUGCCUCCAUGCAUACUACAAUUGCUGCCUCCGAACACACUAAUUAUGAAAUAAAUUGUCGUGUGAAACCUGGUGAAACGUCUUCAGUAGUCGCAUAUUCUGGACGUAGUACUGAAGUAUCAAGUGUAUCAUCGGAUAAUAUAAUUUCAGUUCAAAAAACAACCGUUCAUAAAACAACAGUUGACAAUAAACCGUCUACUGGGAAUAAUGCAGUUGAAUCUCGAUUGAAUCAUUCGGAUUGUGAUCAGAAAUGUUCGUUUUCAGUCACCUCAGACGCAAGCGAAAUGGAAUCUGCCUGUGUUACCCAAUAUUCCCCGAUUUCUGUGGAACAAGAACCAAGCGAAUCACAGCAUGCUUCAUUUGAACAACUUGAUGACGGUGCAUAUCAGUCGUCAACUACAGUUAAGCGGAAUAUCAGUCCCCUAAAAUCACCGGGUCGUCGUAAAAAGAAGCACAAAAUUAACCGAUUGUUUAAAUCUCAUCCUUGUGAUUCGGAUCGCCACCCGGAACAAUAUAUACUUAAUGAUCCAGUAUCUCAAAGUUCUGUUACUGUCGACUCUCGGCAACAGCUUGACACCCCUUUAUCUGUCUCAUCUCUUCCUGUUUCAUCGGCGAAGCGUAAACGACAAACACAACAUGGGGUCCUUACAAGUACAGAUCCAAUGCUUGAAGAUCCUAACUUCGUGGAACAGUCUGCACGUCUCCAAGAAACUGACGGUUCCGAUGCCUGUGAUAUUUUACCUACUUCCGCCUCAUCAUCACUUCCAAGCAAUGUAAGACGUUCUGCUACUUCACGUAGCUCAGCUCUCCCCCCCCGAAAACGAUAUAAGGUGGGAAUAGAUACAUCUAACACCAGUGAAAACCAUGCUUCCUCUGUUUUGGAUAAAGACAAUUUCAGAGAUUUCUGUAAAUCAGGUUUCAAUGAGCACAACUUGUCUGUAACUGUCAUAGAUUUAACAGAUAAUUCCUCAAGUACUGGGGUUUGUCAUCUUGGAAAUGCUGAUAUCUCUCUAUCAAAACCUGAACACAGGAAACGUGGUCGAGGUCGUCCGUCUAGACGCUUAGAAAGACUGGAAAGCAAUGGUAAUAUACCAGUUUCCCCCUGCUUAUCUUCCUCUGACUCAGUUUCAGUAACUUGUGAUCGUCCGAAACGUGAGGCGGCAGCGAUGGGAUUUGCUAGUUUAGUUGCUGCAAACUUGAAUAAUACUGGUGUCGCUAUCAAUUCUGCACCAGAAACACCGGAAACUAUUAAUGUUAGAUCGGAAACUGGAAGUUUACCAUCUCCUACUACAAAUAUCAGUUGGGUUGAACAACAGCAUCAAAUCGGAGCUUUAGAAAUUCAAGCCUGUAAGCCAACUGUAUCUCGAGGUCGUGGUCGCCCUCCUAAGCCCAGACCUAUUCAAUUACAGGUUGCUGAACAUAUGCUAAAUCGAAGUGCUGUGGAUUCAGAGAACAUGUUGGAUUCCAUUUCAAGUCAUCCUAUUCAGUCAGUCAACGAAUCACCGUUAUUAACAUCAUCCACCAUACAUGCACAAGAAUCAUUACAGGGUAGAGAAGCUACUCAUCAAUCGUCUGAACAGAGUACUGAAAAUCAACAGAUGAGAAUCAAUGAAGUUCCAAUUGAUACAGCAUCGAAAGAGACUGACAAUAGUGCUACAUCUCGCUCCCAAUCCGAUUCAAAUCACUCUUUAACAAUGUCGAUAAAGUCAUCAAAAUUGCUAUCGAUAAAACAGACAAACAAAAAGAAUUCUUUACAAUCUAGCAUUAAAAUGAAAUCUGAAGUCGAUCAUUUGACUAUCAAAAGUAUGACUAAUUCAUCUAUUCUAGGUUUGGAUGCUUCAUCAACAUUAAUAAAUCAACAACACCGUCGUUUACCUAGUCGUAAUAGUUUUUUCAAAGAUGCUGCCAUAUCCAGUUUGGAACAGAUUUCAUUUCUGAAAAAUCGUUGUUUAAGUGGUCCACUGUAUGAAUUAUUCUGUAAAUUUCUUGAUGAACCUGAUCCACUAGAACCAAAUUAUCGUCUUUGUGCUCCUAUAAUCUACUUACCAUCACCUGAAAGGUAUCCAGAAUUUUAUCGAUUCACUUUAUCAUCUCAUUUAUCUGGUUCUGGAUUAAAUGUUAAAUUUACAUCGAAUUUUAUUAAUCGUUUAUUUUCACCAAUUGAUAAUUUAUCUAAUAAUUAUACAAUAAUAAAUGAUAAUGAAUUAUAUCAUGUUGAAUAUCCUUCACUUUGUUUAGCCAGUAUUGCAUCAAGAUUUAUAUUAAAUUCAAUAAAAGAUCAAAUAUUGAAUAAUCAUAAUCAUCAUCAUCAUCAUAAUAAUAAUAAUGAGAAUUUAUCAAAUCAUCAUUUAUUACAUAUUGAACUUUCAGAAAAAGAAGAAAAUCAUUUUCUUAUAGUUACAGAUACUGAUAUUAUAGAAAGUUUAUAUUCAUUAGAUAUAGCUAUGGAUAAUAUGUUUACUGUAUGGGAAGCAUUCACUGGACGUCGUAGUUGGUUUGGUCGACGUUUAAUGAAAUUAAAAAAUGUUUAUAUAAAACAUCGUACGAAUUUGGUUGAAAGUUUAAAGUUAGAGAAUCACAUACCGGUUGCAAUGCCAAAAUCGUUCAUACCAUGUAUAACUAAAUCACAAAAUAACAGUUCUAAGAAAAAAACUGAUCGUCGUGCACUUGAACGUGGUGCUGAAGUUAUUCGAUGCUUGUGUGGUUUUCGUGUUGAAGGUGGUCAUGUCAUGGUUCAAUGUGAUUUAUGUGCAUCUUGGCAACAUCUACCAUGUUUAUGGUGGGCACUUAGUCUGGCUAUUCGUAAUGAUUCCUCCAAUGGAUUAAAUUCAAACUUAGUUUGUUUAUGUCAAACAGCGUUAAUCGCUGCACAAGCUGUUGGUGGCGGUGGUGGUAAUACAGGUGAAGUAGAUGUGAAAGGUGAAGAUGAUCGAGAAGUUGAUGCUCCUUAUAUAUGUCCAGUUUGCUUAAAAUUGGAUAAUUUAACAAAAGAAUAUCCUCGUUCAUUAUCUGCAGCGAUGAGUUUAAACGAUGUAGAUGCUGUCUUUGAUUUACAAGAUACACUGGUAAAAGGUGAACAUGAAUUCUGGACAUUGGGUAGUCCUGAUGGAACUUGUCAAAUACGUACAGAUGAUUAUGCAUUUGUUAAUCGUUUCUGGUUAAAUCAUCUCAAUAUUUCACAGGAUAUAUCAAAAGGAACAACAACUACUGUAUCAAUGAAUGUCAAACAACUUUUAGAUCAAUCCCUACAGUCUCCAGUGAAAUCUGCUUAUGAUCGUAUUAUUGUUCGAAUUUAUCGAUUAUGGAAGGAUGUCAGUGGUUUAGCUUGGCUAGAAGGUGGUUUAUUUCUGCGUCCAUAUGAUUUACCUCCGAUAUCGGUAAUAAAUGAUUCAUCAAAAUGUCCACAAUUUUGGCAUCUUGAUGAAGUUGUCUAUGAUGAGGCUAGACGUGUUAUUCUUCCAUUAGACGCUUGGAUUGGUAGAUGUAUGGUGUUAUGCCCUUCAGCAUAUAGAGUUGGUAGACCGGCUGAUUUACUAUAUACAGCACAUAUAAAAGAAUUUAUGCCAUCAAUGAAAAAUUACAAUCUGAAUGAUUCCAAUCCUACUGCAAAUCAGUUUCAAUAUUUCUUUGUUUGUGAAAAAUUAUUUGAACAGUCAUCAGUUGAUAAUCAUAGUUGUAGAUUUGAUGAAAUAUCUCCUGGUUACUUAAAAGUCAGUAUGAAGCCUUAUUGUUUCCUUCGCAAACCUGAUAAUCAAUGUAUUCGUGGUAGUUUACCACGACAGUAUUCAGCUGUUGAACUACUCACCCGUGAUCAAAUACCUUUCUCAGAGGCAUUUGUCAAAGAUGAACAAACAUUUGAAAUCAAAACGUCUCCUGAAGAAUGUACCACAACAUCUGGAAAUAUAUCAAAUAGCGAUGAGAAGAAUGCUACAAUUCCUGUUGGCACUUUAAAGCAAAAGGGUGAAAAACUGGCUCGUGUUGUUGACUGGUUGGAACGAAAACGUCAAACCAACUCUUCACAAUCCACAGUUACAUUGCCUCAAAAUUCCAUUGUUCCAGAACAACAACAACAACAAACUUCCAUUUCAUUGUUACCCGUUGAAAAUAACCCAGUUAUUGAUGAAAUAUCAUCACCAUCAUCACGUAGUUUAUGUUCUCGUGGUCGAAUUCCAUUUAGAAUCAAUAAUCGUGGAAGAAGUAGAGGUUUCAAUAAAUCGUUGAAACUUACAUCAUCUAAUCCUGUAUCAUUAUUACCUGAUAAAUUUUCUCCAUCAACUGUUGUACUCUCUGAUAAAAUUGAUGAUGUAUCAUCCAGUAAAGAAGAUGAAUCUCUCAAUAUUCCCGUUAAACGUAUAUGUAUGUCAGAAAAUUCAUCACCAACUCAAUCAGAUAUUGUUCAAACAUCAUCUGAUAUUAAUAUAGACCAUAAUUCAUCGUCAUUAGUCAAAAUCGAUUCAAAUCAUUUAUUAUGUAAUACGGUUGAUAAAAAUUCACCUAAACAACUUUCAAAUGAUUCUGUUAUCUUAUCUAAUACAGAGGAAACUAAUGUGAAUACUUUAGCAUUAAAUACUAAUGUCCCAAUCAUUUCUACUACAAAUAGUAAUAAUAAUAACAACAAUAAUUCAUCUCUUAAUUCACUUAAUACUUUAAAGUCAUCCGAUUUACAAUCUAAUGAUGAUUCUAUAGAUCGUUUAUCAUCGGUAGUAUUAAAACCUACAUCAAAUAAUCAAUUAGUUAUUAUGUCAUCUACUGAUGAUCAUUUGAAUAUUUCAUCAUCACCUAGUAUUGGAUCAACAAGAAAACGUAAAUGUUCCAUUACACGUAAAAGAUUAGUACCAGAACCAGAAUUACUUCAUGAAAUUAUUGACAAUCUACAAAAUAAUAAUAAAGAUAAUAAUACAUCAUGUUUAACUACCAAUCAUUUAUCUGAAUUAAACCAUAAUAAUACAUGUGAUAAUAUGUCUAUUGAAAGUUUAAAUAAUUCAAUGAAUAUAUCAGAUGAUGCUAAACAUUUAUCAUCACCUUCAGUUAAUCAAAUAUCUUCAAUCGAUCAAACAUCAAUCCAGUCAUCAUCAACGUCGUCGUCUUCAUCAUCAUCAUCAUCACUAUUAUGUACACAUUUAUAUGAAUCACAUUUAAUUUGGAAUGAUGAUGAUGAUGAAACUUGUUUAAUGAAUAUAAAACCAAUAUUCUCUAGUCAUAUUUCAGUUCAUAACGUUUUAACAGAAUUGAAUCAAUUUGUAUUGAAAUCCAAUCAACCAGUUAUUAUGUCAUUUAAUCAUUAUCAUCAUCAUCAUCAUAAUAAUAAUAAUCAUUUAAAAUCAAUAAAUGAUUGUGAUCAUCAACUUUCAACAUCAAUAAAUUCUUCAAAUAAUUCAUUGAAUAAAAUUAAUAUCACAAAUCAAUUGAUAAUCGAUAAUGAUACUACUACUAAUAAUAAUAAUGAUACUCAUGUAGAAAGUUCUAAUAUACUCAUAGAUGAUAGUUCAAUAAAUCCUUUCAACAAAGAUCAAUCGAUUGAAUCAUCACAUGAAAAGGAAGUUGUUGUAGAUGAUAAUAAUAAAGAUGAUGAUGUUGAUGAUCAUGAUCAUGAUAACAUUAUGUGUCCUACUUCAACUGAAAAUAUAUCUCAUCCUAAUAAUGAUAUUGAUAUAGAUGAUAUUAAUAGUAGUAAUUCUAUUGUGAAUAAUAAUGUACAAGAUGAGAAUAUUUCAUUCAUAACAACUAAUGAUGAUGAUGAUAAUUCAUUGUUAGAUACUUCUAUAGAUUUGCACAAUAAUCUAACUACUACUACUACUACUACUGAACAAAACGUUAAUGAUAGUAGUAUUGGUGUUAGUUAUGAAUGUUCUACAACCGUCAUUUCAAUUCCAGAUAAUAAUAAUAAUAAUAAUAAUAAUAAUAAUAAUAAUAAAGAAUAUAAACCAUUUACAAAAUUUGCUGUUGAAACAUUAGUUUCAGAUGAUUAUACAACUAUAAAUUCAAUUUGUACUACAUAUAAUUCAUCUCCUGAAAAAGAUUCAAUAUCCUCAAGUAAUAAUAAUACUUUAUUAAAACAUAAUGAAUUAUCUAAUGAAUUGGAUAAUGAUAUUAAUAUGAUUGAUAAUUCAAUCGUCAACAAUCAUCGAACUAUAGAGUUUCAAUGUGAUGAAUCUAUUUGUCAAGAUAAUUCACUUUUGAACUCUUCAUCAUCAUUAUCUAUGAAAGAUGAGAUCAACCAAUUUGUUGAGAAUGAGACGACCAAUACAGAAAUGAUCUCUCCUAUAUCAUUAGUAACCAAUUCAAAAUCUAUAACUAUUGAUAUUGAUUCUCCUCCAAUAAGUAUUGGAACACCAGUAUUAGAUGAAAAAUUAGAUUCAGUAGAACAUAUAUCCACUGAUAUCAUACCGGAAUGUUUUCAAUCAAUUAAAACUAGUUAUAAUGUUGCAGAUUUACAAACUCCGAUUGUUGAAACGUGUCAAUUAAAAACAAAUGUAGAUAAUGAUCUAUCAAAAUCACGUCAACCUACUACUACUACAUCUACUACAGCUCAUAAUAAUAAUAAUAAUAAUAAUAAUAGUAUUUCAGCAUCUAAAAAAUUUAAAGAAUCAUCUCGUGAUUACAGUGGUCAUUAUGAAAACCGUCAUCAUUCACAUGGACAUCAUAACUCGUAUCAAUCAAGAAAUUCCAGUAAAUUUGAUCAUUAUAGAUCAUCAUCAACAUCAAAACAACAUCCAUACUUUAGUCAUCAUUCUCAUCAUAAUUCUCGUUAUGAUCGUAAACAUCAUGCACAUCCACCACAUUAUCAUCAUCAACAACAAUCACAUCGUCAUGAUGAAUACAAUCCUCGUUAUCGUGAUUCGUCUUCUUCACAUAGAUCAAGAGAUCGUGAUGACAGUUCUCCAUAUUCAUCAAGGCAUAAUCAUGGCGAAAGAUCAAUGUCGAAUUCAUCACAUCGACAUCAAGAUCGCAUUUAUACCUCUGGAAAUAAUCGUGAUCCUUCUGAAGCUUCAAAUUUUUAA